CAUAUGUGGGUAAGGAGGAGGAGGAGGAGGAAAAAGGCCUCCAGUGGGAUUGACUUGGUGAUGGAGAGAGUGGGAGAGCAAGCUCAUACAGUUGGGUAGAGAGAAAACAGAGCAAUAGCUGACAGGAGCACAAAGCCUUUGUCAUACGAUCGGUGCAAUCUUUUUGAAUCGCUACACCUUAAAGUUUGAUACGUGCCGAUGACUUUUCCCUGAACACUCUCCCAUUGGACAACAAUGCACCUGUCUCUGCUUUGCACCCUCUGCCUUCAUUUUGUUUUGCUUUGUGGGGCAGAGGAAGGUCUUGAAUUUCCCAACUUUGAUGGCAGGGACAGAGUGUUGGACAUCAACGAGCGCAGCUACAAGAAGGCUUUGAAGAGAUUUGACCUGCUUUGUCUGUUCUACCACGAGCCCGUGCCUGCCAACAAAGGCCUGCAGAAGCGCUUCCAGAUGACCGAGCUGGUCCUCGAGCUAACAGCUCAGGUACUGGAGAACAAAGAUAUUGGAUUUGGGAUGGUGGACGCUCAGAAAGAUGCCAAAGUAGCCAAGAAGCUCGGCCUCGAAGAGGUGGGAAGCCUGUAUGUCUUCAAGGAUGAUCGCAUCAUUGAGUUUGAUGGAGAACUGUCAGCAGACACUCUUGUGGAGUUCCUUCUAGAUGUGCUGGAGGACCCAGUGGAAAUAAUCAACAACGCAAUGGAGCUCCGAGCCUUCGAAAGGAUAGAGGAAGACAUUCGCCUCAUUGGUUACUUCAAAGGAGAGGAUUUAUACUACAAAGCUUUUCAGGAGGCCUCGGAGCGUUUUCAACCGUACAUCAAGUUCUUUGCCACAUUUGAUAAAUCUGUGGCCAAACAUCUCUCCCUCAAGAUGAACGAGGUGAAUUUUUAUGAGCCCUUCAUGGAGGAGCCCGUUGUCCUGCCUGGCAGACCUCUAUCUGAAAUGGAGAUUGUAGACUUUGUCAAUCAACACAGGAGGGCCACUCUGAGGAAGCUCCGGGCAGAGAACAUGUUUGAGACAUGGGAGGAUGACACGGAUGGAAUCCAUAUUGUCGCAUUUGCCGAAGAGGAGGAUCCAGAUGGCUAUGAAUUCCUGGAGAUCUUAAAGGACGUGGCGAGAGACAACACCAACAACCCGGAUCUCAGCAUUGUCUGGAUUGAUCCGGAUGACUUCCCUCUGCUCACCACUUACUGGGAAAAGACCUUCAAGUUGGACUUGUUCAGGCCUCAGAUUGGUGUGGUCAACGUCACAGAUGCCGACAGUGUGUGGCUAGACAUGUCCAACGACGAAGACCUGCCCACUGCCGAGGAGCUAGAGGACUGGAUCGAGGACGUCCUGUCGGGCAGAGUUAACACGGAAGACGACGAUGACGACUUUGAAGAGGACUCUGACGAGGACUCUGACGAAGAACUGAUAGAAGACGGCGACAACAGCCUUGACCAAGAGUAUGACCUAGAUGACUGAGUAUGUUAGAAUUUUGAUCAUAGUUUCAUACUAGAUGUCCUUUUUAGAGAUUCGAUGUGAAUGCUAAGGGAUUUGAGAUGGCAUGAUGGCCACCAAAUGCUUAGUCAAGUGCCAUGAUCAUUGCGCAAUGUCAUAAAAUUGGUUUUGCUGCUGAAGUAAAUGUAAAAUACUGCUCAGUUUAAUUUGCUCUGGUAAGAAACUACUAGUGAAAAAAAUGGCUCAUUGUUACAGCAGGUUUUGUUGCAUGGGGCGGAGUAGUUGAAAGGGUUCCCCCCUCCCAUUUUCUAAGCAAUCAUUAGUCCUCAUUGCACUGAAAAAUGUCGAGCACCUCUUGGGAACAAAAGAGCUUUGUUUUGAACCGGCUUUUAACUGAGGAGUGUUGUUGUGACUCUCCUAAUCUUCCAGCGCCUACCCGGGAAUAAGGAAAACAGACUAAUUUGUCAUUUGAAAAGAGCACCUCAACAUUAUACACUUUCAUUAAAACAAAGCAUUCUUUUAGACCUCCAAUACAGACUGCAUGUCGUAUUUGAUUUUACUCACCCAGAAGGCAAUAGGAGGAAAUGAACUACCUGGCCAGAGUUGUUUGGACCGUAUAGUUGAGCCCGUGUGUCUAUCAGCCGGGACAGAACAUUUGUUUGAAGAUGAAGCCGACAGAGGAGAGGAGACGAUGCAUCCACCUGCACAUAACCACGUCAUUACCAAACAAAUAGAAGGGGGAAAAGCAUUCCAUUUAGAUGCAAAUGUUCAUUUUCUUCUUGGUCCAUUCCCAUCCUGCAAGCAAAAGGCAGUUAUAUAUGGAAGGGAAGGCGGGGAUUGGAGCCGAGGACAGAUGAGUUGCGACAGGCGGACCCAGACACUGUAUUUGCACAGGGACGAGCCAAUUCGUUUUUAGCGCCACACAUUGAUAUUCAGGCCUGACAUGCCAAUUUUAAACUAGACGUAGGCUGUGAUCUUUGUGCUGCAACAUAACAUUUUAGAAACAAUAAUAUACAUUAAUGUCAACAUUAACCAUCUUAAGACACAGCAAUUGUACAAACGGCCAUAAAAAGGUUUUAAUUUUGUUCCCCAAUACAAAGGCCCGUGUCAAAGUUAUUGUAUUUCACACAGGCUCACCGUCAAUCGGUAACAGCGUGA